UCUCUCUCAAUAGGCUCUCCUGAUUGAAGCUAAGACGCCACGUAAACCUGCGCAGACAUGACCAAACCCAGACGCGUCCCAGUGAUUCAGGACAUCGACAGUGAACCCUGCUGCAUUUAUUUUAACCCCACCCUUUACCGGCAAGUUCCGACCUUUGAACCGCAAGAAAGCGAUAUUAUACAGGAGGUUGCCACGCACAAGGUGCAGCAAAUCAUCCAGCUGAUCUUGGCCACAGGAGAGUCGGUGAAAACGUACAACGAAUCCUUUGAGAGGGUGCCUUUCCUCGAAAUCAUGGAAGUCAAGUCGUCCUCAUCCCCCAGACAUCUCCGGACCCAUUUCUCCAUGAGUAAACUUCGCCUCAUUCCAAAGGCAACGUACAUCUACGUGGCACGGAACCCCUGGGAUUGCUGCGUGUCCAACUACCACAUGACACGAGAAUGUCCCCGCAUAAAUUUCAUGGACGGAACAUUCGACGACUUUCUUGACGCUUUCCUCGAAGCAAAGGUCGGUUUUGGCGACUACUUUGAGCAUAUUCUUUCUGGCUACAACCAUAAAGACGACCCGAACGUGUUUUUCAUCACGUAUGAAGAACUUCAGAGAAACAAAAAAGAAGUUGUCCUCCGGUUGGCCGACUUUUUAGGCAAAGAACACAAGCGAGUGCUCGAAGAAAACGGGGACGUGUUUGAGCAGGUCCUGGAGAAGAGCACCGUGGAUUUUAUGAAGAAUAUCCUGACGAUGAACCCAAUAGAGCUCACCGAGUGUAUCACAAACAAUUCGCCACACGUUCAGCCGCUCCAGGUCAUCAGCAACCAGCAGGUUUGCCAAUCGACCGAAAUCCAUAUCCUCCGCAAGGGAGUGAUGGGCGAUUGGAAGCAGCACUUCACUCGUGGGAACAUCGAGAAGAUGCAGACUGCCAUCAAAGAACGAACGAAGGGUUCGGAUAUUAUGAAGCUUUGGCAGUGUGACUGAGGUCCAAUGGUGCUUACAAUGACUCGUACGUUUAUGCAAUUGAAAUAUUUCUUUUUCAGAAUCGUACGAAAAUAUGCGCUAAGGGAGGACAGUUACUCAAAUUCUAAAACAGAAUCUAUAGCCCAUGACACUUUCUUCCGUUCGUAAUGUCGCUGUUUCCGACUUGAAAGAUUUAAAUGCAAGGUAUCUUCGGUUCAAUUCCAGCACUCUGGCAAUGAUAAACUGGUUCGUAAAGCAGGCAUCAUAUUGAUAAUAUAUAGAAUACAUGUUUGUAUAUGUAUAUACGCCAAUUCAUUAAACCCAAAUAUUAUUUUUUUUU